CAAGUUCAACCCUGCUCCGGUGGCGUCAUAUUCCCAUCUUACUCCAUGGACUAACAAACAAAAAGGACUUAAUUAAUUAGCAUCACUUUAAUCAUAAAUAUCUUGCUUUCUCCACUCAUCCACUAAUUAACAAUAGCUUCGAUUUUAGAACUGAAACCAACCCGACAAGCCAUCCUACUGCUAAUUGAAGGGAAAAAUAAACUCAAAUUUAUUUAUACGCAUUUUCGAUUUGACUUGCAUCUUAUCUUUCACAAAGUAAUUAUUCAAUCAAACAACAGUUGAGAAAUAAAAUGUCUGCCAUUACACGGCGAACAGGAUGGCCAGUGAACACGAAGGUCGAGGCAGGGACGACGGGUGUGGUCGUGGCCAAGAAUGGGACUGUUGCCAACAUUGCUCCCCUUACAAUUAAUCGGACCAUUCAUUUGUAUCCCUUGACUAACUAUACGUUCGGAACCAAAGAUCCCCUUUAUGAGAAAGAUCCUUCAGUACCGGCACGAUUCCAGCGAAUGCGGGACGAAUUUGAUAAAAUUGGGAUGCGACGUUCUGUUGAGGGAGUGCUUAUUGUUCAUGAACACGGACUACCUCAUGUUCUUCUCCUCCAACUCGGAACCACGUUCUUUAAACUACCUGGAGGUGAGCUAAACCCAGGAGAAGAUGAAAUUGAAGGAUUAAAAAGGCUUAUGACUGAGACGUUGGGGCGACAAGAUGGUGUUGCACAGGAAUGGGUGAUUGAGGAUACAAUUGGCAACUGGUGGCGUCCUAAUUUUGAACCACCCCAGUAUCCAUACGUACCUCCUCAUAUUACGAAACCCAAGGAACACAAGAAACUCUUCUUGGUACAACUCCAGGAAAAAGAGUGGACCCAGUUUCAUUCUGCUCUACUUUGCUGCCAUGCCUAAAGAAAAGAAAGCAAGGACCGUAAUUGGUGGCUAUCGAUCAAUCGAUUGCAGUUUCGUAGGGAUUAUUUAUGUAUCACGCUGAUGAAGACUGUAAUCAAUUAUAAUGUGCAAACAUUUACUCUACUAAAGUGCUUUGUCAAUUAAGUUUUUUCCUCUUGAAACUUAUGGUGACAAAGAUAUUGGAGGGUCAUCAUUGUGUCUGAUCCUUAAUUUAUCAGCUUUCAAACUGUUUCCAUUCUGAUCUAGUCCAAGAGUUGUACCAAAUUUUUUUACUGCUAUGAAUGACAUUCUUGUUUAAUAAUCUAGUCAUGACGUACGUAUAUACGUAGACGUUUCUGCAAUGCGGCAUUUUCUGUUUAGCCGUUUUAUAAAGACCUGUAGUCUAUGUGACCGUCACAUGGUGACGUUAUGUAUCGUCAUUGUCGUGUAAAAUAGCUUUGUACAAUUAUAAUGUGAACGGAUUGUGCACGUGGCAGUCAAUGAUAACAAACUCGACAUUGAAACUUGUGUGAUACGAUGUAACGAUAAUGUGAUAUGAUUAUUCUCAAACUAACUGUAAUUCUGUGAUUUUUUGAUAUAACUAUUUUUAUUAGGGAUAAUACUCGAAAGUAUAUUGAGCGUUCAAGCCGAAAAGGUUGACUAAGGGCAUUUAUUAUUUGUUGGUCUCCACCAUUUUUUGCGGUAUAAUUGUAAUCUAUGGAUAGAUAUAUAUCUUUACACGUAUAUACAUAAAUGAAUGAAGAACAAUGCAGAUUUCUAAAAUAGAUCUAAGUAAAUACAUGUUUUCUUGGAUUUCAAUUAGCUCAUAUUCCACGUCAACGUUAUAGUAGUAAUACUUAUAAAUAUGGGAAAAAUUACCCAAUCAACAGCAAAGUAUUUAAUAAUCUUGAUGACCCAGUGUCAUCCAGAUUGUUAGACUAAUAGGUGGUACCUAUGCAUAAUGUUGGUAUUGGAUUUUCAUUUUAUUAAGCGAUUUUCAAUUUUUAAGUCGUAUAGAUAACUUAUAAUUUGCGACACUUUUAUAUUUUUAAGUUAUUUUUGUUUAAUGAUAAAUUUAUGAGGCGAUUAGUAGUAAAUAGUAGUAUACAAAUUUAUACUGGCAUUUGAUGGUACAGAUCCAUAUAUAUGUAUAUGUAUACAUCAUAUAUGAAUAUAUGAUUUCCAGUCUUUGUAUCCGAAUCAUAUACGUAAAUACGUACAUAUUUAGUACGUGUGUAGUAAAAAUUAUUGCCAUUUAAUCAUCUCGAUAUUUAAUUAUAAUAAUACUCAUUUCUCAGUUGUACAUAUAUGUACUGUGCAAAGUGUACUUUUAUUAUAUAAAAACCUAGUGGGAAAAAAUGUCCUGAAAAAAUUUACGAUGGCGCUUAAGAUAACCUUAUUUGUCUAAAUAUUUACCAAAUAU